AUGUCUUGCAUAAAAGAUGAUGAGCCAUCGCCCUUUCCACCCCUCAAACGCUCACCAUCGCGCCAAGGCUUCGGCCACCUUGCUACUGAUGGAGUGUUACGCAGUUUUAGCUCGAGUGGCGAGGUAAUAGAUUAUAAGCAAUUAAGCCCAGCGGAAAUUGCAAAGAUACUGGAAUUCUUUGGAAAAUAUAUGGAUUCAGAGGCUUUUGAGAAGUCUAAAUUUGACGGUGUGGACGGCAGAAAUGUGACUGAUUUGGAGCAACUGCUUCAUCCAGGACCAGGAAUUUGUCCAGCGGAAUUCAACAAGUAA